UAACGGUAACAUAACAGCGCAAUUAACAGAUAAAUGAUAAAACCAAACCUCGCACUAAGCAUGUGAGGACUUACAACUAUGUCUCAUAUUUCGAGGGGGUCUUUAGGGUUGUCCAAGUGUUUUGGCGAAACCCUUCCUUUUUAAUCUCCUUAGAGGCCUAGCAGGGAGUAAGCGUCUAGCAGUAUACUGUGGUGUCGUCUAAGUCUAUCUGUGAUCAUUGUCUGAUUCAACAUUUGAUAACCAAUAGAAUAUCGGCAGUCAAGUACUCAGUGCGCCAGGCGAUGUACCCACCGCGCAUCAGGCAGCCGAUAAUAUUACUUAAUCAUUUUGUAACUGGCCAUCAAUUAAUCCACCGGAUUGGCUUAUGGGGACGAGGAUGGGAUCAAUGAAAAUUACUUAUAUCCAAGCUUGCGUUAUCCCAUGGAAGAUAGGGACACCGAUAACUUUUCGAGUGGUUUUAGAGAAAAGCACGUGCAAGUAGAGCGCAAGUAUACUGCAUCGGACGCGAAUAUAGACGCUCAAAAUUCGGGGCAAUUGUCAAAGUAAGAAAUCAAAAACAUGCAAUGGCUGGCCUUGGAAGUUUACAAACUGUUGACUUGGCGUAUCUAGACAAAUGGACAUCGUACUUAGAGCAUUUCAACUUGUUCCUGCUGGCAAAUGAGGAAAGAGCGAAGAGCGAAAAAAGACGCUUGCGCGCCGCUAUAUGACUUAUUAACAUCACUAACUCACUAGAGUUAGUGAGCUGGAGUUGCCUUUGUCUCGAGAUUGUUUGCCACUUAUGCGCGAUAAAAGGCCAUCUACAACGCGUCUGUCGCCGUGCGGAAUCGCCGAGGGACAACGUACAUAAGUUCGUUUCAUUCUACAGGCGCAGGCCAAUGAAUUAAGCCGGGCAGAGCAUCUCCUAGGGAAUCCGCAAUUCAUAAUAUACUGCCUCAACGCCGCACCUGUGUACUCGAAGUAAAUUCUGGGUCUCCUGUGACUAUUAUGAAGGAAUCUACUUUUCACUAUAUCUGGCCCAACGGUAGGGCAGACCUUAAUAGAUGCGAUUUGGAGUUAAACGAUAUCCAGCAGAAUCCACUUCCAAUGAAGGGAGUCAUCGAUGUUUCUGUUUGCUUCAAUCAAAAGCAUAUCGGAAAUCUAACCCUGGUUAUUGUCACAGGUGGCAACUGGUUUCAGGCAAUCCAGCUCAGAAUUGGUAAAACUUACUGGACCACCAGUACGUUAAAUGUAGACUCAACCAUCAGACCCGUUCGCCUACCACCACGACCAUUGCCGUUUGCCAUCAAGGGACUGGUAGAAGAAGAAAUCAGUCCUCUGUGCCUAACAGGGUAUUCUAGAAUCUGUUGAAUAUUCGGAACGGGCAACACCAAGUGUACCAGUUAACAAAAAAGAUGGUUUUGUCCGGUUUUGUGGUUUUGUACAAACAAUAAUCACACACAUGGGGGCAUUUAAGGUCAACAGGCUACAAUUUGGUAUUGCAUCGGCACCAAGAAUUUUUCAAAGCUGCAUUGAGAAGAUCCUGCUGGGGAUACCUGGUGUAUUGCCAUAUUUCUAUAUUUUGAUCACAGGAAAAUCUGAAUAGGAAAAUAAACACGGAAAAUAAUAAAAGGAAGUUUUAUUGCGUUUCGCAAAAUCUGGAUUGCGCCCUCGUAAACUUUGGUAAACCAUCUAUUGAGUUCCUGGAUUUAAAAAUAGACGCAUUAGGAAUCCGGCCUUCAAUAGAC